UGGCAAGUCACAAGGAAGACACCCAACUUUUAGGCAAAGAUAAGAAGGAAACGGCACAAGUGCUUAACUACAUCCUUUUCGCCGAAAACGAAAUUACUCCCCAUGCAAAUACUUGGAUCAACCCGAUUUUAGGAAUAACAUCAUACAACAAAGCGACGCACAAUCAAUCAGUCGAAGGUCUUAAGAAAGCUUUGAGGAUAUUGGAAAAGGUUUUGCUGAAAAAGACCUACUUAGUUGGUGAACGUGUCACGCUGGCCGAUAUUUCCGUUGCCACAUCACUUUACUUGCCUUUCAAGUUGGUGCUGGACGCGGAAUUUCGAAAAGGUCAUAAAAAUCUCACUCGGUGGUAUGUCACACUUAUCAAUCAACCUGCCUUCAAGAAGAUCUUGGGAGAUGUCACUCUUGCAGACGUUGCCGUUGUAUUCACUCCACCAAAGAAAAAGGAACAGCCCAAAAAAGAACAGCCCAAAGAAAAAGUUCAAGAACCUGCCGAGGAACUUGAGGAUGAUGAUAAGCCUCCAGCUCCUAAGCCUAAAAGCAAAUUAGAUCUAUUGCCUCCAAGUAGUUUGAAUCUAGAAGAAUGGAAGCGCUUCUAUUCUAACAAUGAUACCCGUCCAAAUGCCAUCAAUUGGUUUUGGGAACAUUUCGAUCCCGAAGGAUAUUCAAUCUGGCGUGUGGAUUAUAAAUACAAUAGCGAGUUGAAACAAAUUUUUAUGAGUAGCAAUCUUAUUGGAGGAUUUUUCAACAGAUUAGAGCGAGCUCGUAAAUAUGCUUUCGGAAGUCUGUUGGUUCUGGGAGAGG